AUGGAUACGCCUCUCUCCGACUCAUAUCUUUCAUUCCCUCGAAGUGUACCGCAAAAGUGUACUGUUUUCAAGGACAGCGGCAACGCAACCUCCGGCACUCCAGUAUUUCGCGGGAGAGAUGCGGUAGCUGCCGUUAGAAGGCAUACUAGGACGUUUGGUCGUAUGGAGUCGUCUUCUUCUGCCUGUACGCCACGAUUUAGUCAUCGGAAGGGUGCGUCUCGGUCUUCGUCCUGUAGUUAUCACCCUUUCACGACGCCCAGUUCGCAUGGUGAGUCAAGUGAGAGAACGUCAGGUCGUACACCGGGCAGCGUGUCGACACCGGCUGCUGUGAUACCGUCAGUAGUUGUAGCCAUCGUUGAAGGCAGAGGCUUGGCUAGAGGAGAAAUCGGCAUGGCUAGUAUUGAUAUGAAGCGACCAGAGUUGGUCUUAUCUCAGUUUUCUGACAGCCAGUCGUACGUCAAAGUCAUGACCAAACUUCAGAUUCUAAAUCCACUCGAGGUUAUUGUUCCAAGUACUGUGUGUGACAGCAGCAAAUCGCAGUUACUCACCGUACUAAGUGACCACUAUUCUGACGUCAGCGUUACUACCGUACAACGCAAGUACUUCAAUGAAACUAAGGGUCUGCAGUACAUCAAACAACUGUGCGUACCCGAAUACAACACAGUAGAAAUGGAAGUUUCAUCAAAGUACUACUGCUUGGCUGCUGGGGCGGCAUUGCUCAAGUACGUCGAGUUUAUUCAGAAUAUGGUUUACGCUGCUGCUUCUCUUAAGGUCGUAUUUCGGGGUAGCGAACAAACAACUAUGAUUGACACGACGACGGUCAAGAAUCUCGAGAUUCUGGUGAACAGCAGAGACUCGAAAAGUCCACAGUGUUUGUUUGGUGUGCUAAAUCACACGAAAACAGCUUUAGGAGCUCGUCUCUUACGUGCAAAUCUGCUGCAACCACCAUCCGAUGUGGAAACAAUUAGUCUGCGACUAGACUGCGUGGCCGAAUUAAUAGAAAAAGAAGACUUGUACUUUAGAAUCCAAGGCGUUCUGGUUCGCUUUCUUGACGUUGAGCGUGCUUUAGCCUCUUGCGUUCAGAUACCCAAGCAGGAGACGGUCAAAACAGCUGAACAUCGAAUCGCCAACGUAAUCGACCUCAAACAUACUCUGGAGCUUGUCGAGCCACUGAGAGAUGCGUUGCGUGACGGAGAAAACUCACUGUUGGUGGCAUAUGAGCAGUCUUUAGACGAUCCGCGCUACAAGUUGAUGAUCGAAGAAAUAGACACGGUUAUUCACGCGGAAACGUGCCAUCAGAAAGGCGCCUUGAACAAGAGAACACAAAAAUGCUUUGCCGUCAAGUCUCAAAUCAACGGUCUUCUGGACAUCGCACGUCGCACCUACACUGAACUUGUGGACGACAUUGCCACCCUUGUAAAACAGUUAGCCGAGCAGCAUCAGCUUCCACUUCGAGUGACGUACAACGCUUCACGAGGAUUCUUCAUUCAAAUGUCGACUAGCGGUGCCACCGCCGAUUCGCUUCCCAGCGUAUUUCUAAAGAUAGUCAAGAGUCGAUCAACUCUCAACUUUACAACAGAAGACUUGAUAAAACUGAAUGACCGUGUUGCUGCGUCUCUGACCGACAUAUACUUGAUAUCGAACACUGUCAUGUUGGAGGUGAUGUGUAAUCUGCGUGCACACAUCGGUUGCCUCUACAAACUGACGGAAUGUGUGGCGAUGCUCGACAUGCUCGUGUCGUUCGCACACGCCUGUACUCUUUCAAACUACAUUCGGCCCGAGUUUACGGACACGCUAGCGCUGAAACAGGCGAGACAUCCUAUUUUGGACAGAAUAUCGGACGCAAUGCCAGUGGCGAAUAACACGUACGCAUCAGGAGACUGCAAUUUUCAAAUCAUAACCGGUCCUAACAUGAGUGGGAAGUCUACUUACUUGAAGCAGGUCGUCUUGUGUCAGAUCAUGGCGCAGAUCGGCUCGUUUGUACCGGCCGAGUACGCUUCGUUUCGUCUCACGUCUCAAAUCUUUUCACGAAUCGGUAGCGACGACGACAUCGAAACGAACGCGUCGACGUUCUUGUUAGAGGAAAGAAGAUGCAAUGAUAUGAGAGAAGCCAACUACAUUGUUCAGAACGCGUCAAAUGAUUCGUUGAUUAUUGUCGAUGAGUUGGGACGAGGAACGAGCGCUGAUGAGGGUCUCGGGUUGUGCCACUCUAUAUGUGAAUAUCUGCUCAACUUAAAGGCCUUUACUUUCUUUGCCACUCAUUUCCUUGAAUUGACUAAUCUCGAUGCUCUCUACCCGAAUGUCGAAAACUAUCAUUUUGAAGUGCAGCGAUCAUUCAAUACUGAAGGAAACUGCGAGAACCUAGACUACACACACGUCAUGUCGAAAGGAAAAACCAACGAAAAACACUACGGAAUACGAUUGGCUGGAGUAUCAUCUAUGCCAAAAACUAUCAUUGAUGAAGCAAAAGAAAUGUCAGCUAGUAUCGCUGAGAACAGCAGGCUUUGUCAACAACAAAGUCCUGGUUCGAUGAGAGAACGAGCAGUCUUCAAACUUGCGAGUCGUCUCAUUCAGGCGGCGAGGAACUCGCGUCUGGACGAGGUAACGUUACGCUCUUACCUCGCCAAUCUAAAACGGCAGUACGAAAUCGACACAUCGGAAACGAGUCCACCCGAAGAAUAAAUAGCUAGGUAUCUAAUGAUUGUGUGAGAAUAAAUAGCUAAGUAUCUAAUGAUUGUGUGAGAAUAAAUAGCUAGUAUCUAAUAGUUGUGUAAGAAAAAAUUUGCAUGGAACAAAACGUUGACUAGAUGAUACUUGCCUUAUAACUAAAGGAACUUGAGGGUUAGAUUUAUGGAUUGCAGAAAUGUAGUGCUAAGUCUUUCUGAAACUUGUCGCUCUCAAUUUUUGCGACACCGGCGUUUGCCUUGUUGGUAUUAUAUACGGGGAUGCCGUAAUACGGGGAUGUGUUUAUACUGGGGAUAUCGC